UGGAACACAAACAACAUGGAGGUGGAAAGGAAGGAGGCUGAGUCCGAGCAGCAGCAGCAGCCGUCGGACGGAGGAGCCGCGGAGGCCCCGGGGAAGAGCUCCUACGAGCUGCCCUGGGUGGAGAAGUACCGGCCGCUGAAGCUCAACCAGAUCGUGGGGAACGAGGAGACGGUGAGCCGUCUGGAGGUGUUCGCCACGGAGGGAAACGUCCCGAACAUCAUCAUCUCAGGUCCUCCAGGCACCGGGAAGACCACCAGCAUCCUGUGUCUGGCCCGAGCUCUGCUGGGAGCCUCCAUGAAGGACGCCGUGCUGGAGCUCAACGCCUCCAACGAGAGAGGAAUCGACGUGGUGAGGAACAAAAUCAAGAUGUUCGCUCAGCAGAAAGUCACGCUGCCCAAAGGCCGACACAAGAUAAUAAUCCUGGACGAAGCUGACAGCAUGACGGACGGAGCUCAGCAGGCGCUGCGGAGGAUCAUGGAGAUCUACUCGAAGACGACGCGCUUCGCUCUGGCCUGCAACGCCUCCGAUAAGAUCAUCGAGCCGAUCCAGUCCCGCUGCGCCGUGCUGAGAUACUCCAAACUGACAGACGGACAGAUCCUUAACCGGCUGCAGGAGGUGGUGGACCAGGAGAGACUGUCUGUCUCUGACGACGGGCUGGAGGCUGUCAUCUUCACAGCACAGGGCGACAUGAGACAGGCUCUGAACAACCUUCAGUCGACCCAUUCCGGCUUCGGCUACAUCAACAGUGAGAACGUGUUCAAAGUGUGUGACGAGCCCCAUCCCCUGCUGGUGAAAAGCAUGCUGGGACACUGCGUGGAGGGGAGGAUCGACGAGGCCUACCAGGUGGUGGAGCAGCUGUGGGCGCUGGGCUACUCUCCAGAGGACAUCAUCGGGAACAUCUUCAGGGUCUGCAAGACCUUCCAGAUGGCCGAGUACCUCAAGCUGGACUUCAUCAAGGAGAUCGGCUACACUCAUAUGAGGGUGGCUGAAGGCGUCAACUCUCUGCUGCAGAUGGCCGGACUGCUGGGGAGACUCUGCAGCAAGACGGCGGCGCCUGCAGCCAGCUGACCCAACCACCGCAGCGUCUCGGAGCUCAGCGGCACCAUGUUCAGUUUUUCUGUUGCACUCAUUCAACACGAUGUCACGGCUGACGUUUAGUGUGCAAAAUAAUGUAAAAUAGUAGAGAUAAUAAAUCUUUUCAAUUAU